AUGAAGAAGCCCGAACCGGUUGUCAAGGUGGAUGAAACCGGACCGCCGAAGGCUGCGGUCGCGGGCGCCGUCGGCGUCGCGGUCGCGGUCGCGUGGCGCCUGUUCAUCAGUCGGAUGCGUAAUGCGGGCGGGGCAGGGCGCAACAACGCGUGGAAGACAGUCACCGCGGACGCCAAGGAAAAGCUUGCUGCCGCCGGUUUUGACAUCGUCGCGCCUUUGAAGCUUCGGUGGUACAACGAGAUCGCCCCGGACUCCGCGAAGAUCGCCCCAGGGGGAGCCAUGGGCGAGGACGCCCUCGUCAUCCUCGUGGGGAACAGCGCAGCCCUUUGGCCCGUCUUCUGCGACGCGCACAACGCCAGGCCGGAGAUUGGCGACGCCGAGAACCCGGUGGACACGUACGUGGACAUCGAGGUCAACCGCGUGUUCCGGGGUAAGAUCCGCCGGGUGUUCUACGCGCACGAGACCAAGCCCGGGAGGCUCGUCGCGGUGCAGCGGAUGGCUCACGUCGCCGGGGUGGCGCACCUGGACGAGCGCUCGCACCUCUCCAUCCACCCCACGCUCGGACCCUGGCUGGCGUUCCGCGCCGUCGUGGUGCUCGACGAUGCGCGCGGCCCCGGCGACGGUCAAAAGCCCCGGCCGCCGCCCAACCCGCUCGCGUUUGAUCCAUCCGCGAGGGCGCGGGUGGACGAGGCUUUCGACGACGCGCUCGACGGGUACGAGGCGCCGGGUGGUCCGUCGGAGGGUCAGUGGCGGCUGUGGGUGGCGGUCAGGGACGCGGUGGAGCCGGGUCACCCGGCGAGAUACCCGGAAGAUCAGGUGGCGUAUCAUUACAACUGUCUGGACGGGCGGGAGAGGGCGAGGAUUCGGUCGAGGCUGCGGGGGGGGUUCGAACCUUCCGACUGA